AUGCUGAGACAGUCAUCCAGUAGGAACCACAGGAGCAAGAAGCUCAGGCCAAGGCACAGUUUCCAGCUCUUCCUGCUAGUCGCCGUCGGCAUCUGGCUCGUGUACCGGCUGUCGCAUUAUUACAGCAGGCGACGGGCGGUGGUUGUGGAGACCGACGGCAACAACGGCAUGGGGGACGGCGAGCCGGCACGGCGCCGGCUCGGCAGGAAGGGCUUCGUCGACUUCGCAGGCGUUGCGUCUGAGGAUGACAUCGUCGGGGUCAGAGGUGGGAGCGACGCUGGAAGCGAAGACGUUGAACGGGGCGGCGCCUCGUCUGAUGAUCCUUUGAACAAAGCUGGAGACCACGAAGAGGGUGACGGCGACGAGCAGGACCAAGAGGCUGACGGAGAUGAUGGCGUUGAAGAUGCGGACGACGGACUUGCUGCUGACGAAGAGGAGGAUGGCAGAGAUUUCCAGUCCCAAAAUGGCAACAGUGAGGAAGAACUGAUGAAGACCAUGAACGGCGAAAAACUGACUGAGCUAACGAAUGGCAUUGCAAUGGCUCUCGGUGAUUCUGCUCUGAAGAAUACAUCUGUGGACGUGUCGUUGCAUGGCAGAGGAAGAACUGGCAAUGUUCCUAAGAAAUCGCUGGUUCACGAUUUCGCCGUAAGGGCACCUGAAGCAAAUAAUGAGAAGCCUGCCAACAAUGCGUCCGCUGAUGCGAACUGUAUGAUCAACCAGAAUGGAACUGCAGGCUCUGUUCCAGGGCAUGGCAUCUCGAGCUGA